AUGGCUACUUCUGUAUCGAAAUCUGUUUCAGUUAUCUUUUCUGUUCUUCUCGUAUCUUUCUUUCUCACAGUCGAAUCCCAGAAGUUUUCAAGAAACCUGUCACAACUAUCUUUAGGUUUGAGAAAAGAGAAACUGAGCCAUUUUCGUUUCUACUUCCAUGACAUAGUUAGCGGCCCCAACGCCACCGCCAUCAGGAUCGUUGAAGCCACCAGAACCAACCGCACUGCCGCCACUGGUUUUGGUGACAUCAGCAUGAUCGACAACCCUUUGACGAUCGGCCCUGAAAGGAACUCGAGGUUGGUGGGUAGAGCACAAGGGAUGUAUACAUCCGCGAGCAUAAACGAAAUGGGUUUGUUGAUGGUUAUGAACUACGUAUUUGUAGAAGGAAAGUAUAAUGGUAGCACUUUGUGUAUAGUUGGCCGGAAUCCGGUGAUGUCAACGGUGAGAGAGAUGCCUGUCAUCGGAGGAAGUGGGCUUUUCCGGUUUGCACGUGGAUAUGCAGAAGCAAGAACUCAUACUUUUAACAUGAGCAAUGGUGACGCCGUCGUGGAGUUUAAUGCUUAUGUUUUCCAUUAUUAA